UUCCCCCGUGAAGUCCAGGAACUCCUGUAGCUGCCAAGUGGAUUCCCAGAGGACUCUCCAAAUGGAAGCAGGGAGCUCAAGCCAACCAGGUUAGCGAAAUCUGAUCCUGAGAGCCCAUUUGCUCCUCACUAACAUCCCACCCAGAAAGAGGAAUCCGGGGAGAGGAGAGGAUGGAAACCAAAAUGAAGGAUGGCCAUGAAUCUCAACACGCAGUAGAAGCCUCUAGAAGCAUCAGGUUCUUUUCCACCAAACGCCAUUUGGCCUUCCACCUUUCUCUUCUCACUCAUGACAAUUUAUUCAGAUUUUCACCUGGCUGGUAAUUGUGCGUAUUGGGCCCAGGGGUGUCAGUCGAGUGAUCAAAAGAGCACUAAAAUUCCUUAUCUGAAGGGUUUUUCAAUAAAAGUGGCAAAACUCUAUGCUGAAAUAAGAUGGAAAAAUGUAUGUCUGAUAAAUCAUUUAUAACUGUACAGAGUUUAUGAAUCCUUCAAUUGACCAACAUGAGGUUGCCACAGAUGACACGAGGUCGGACAGAAGAUUCGAAAAGAUCUGGGCAGCCUCAAAGAUUGGCCCGAAACAAACGGGAUGGAAUUUAACAGCAGAAAUCCUUCACAGGGACAGGAAAAAGAAAGGCACGAGAUGAGGGGAAAGUUGGCUUGGCAGGAGAAGGAGGGAAAGGGAUCCGAGGCAGCCGCGGGAGGGAGGCAGCCGCCACAAGGGCAAAUCUUGCAGUGCCUCAACGGGAGCACAGGAAGUUACUAUUCCGCCCUGGCCAGGCGCCAGGGAGAGCAUUGUGGGUCCAAUUCUGGGCGCCAGAAGGGAUAGUGGUGAGCUGGAAUUCAGGGGUGGGCUAACAGGGCGGAGGACAUUCACUUAAAAGGUGUGUGUGGGGGGGCAUGUUUGGCCUACAGAACCGAGGACUGCGAUGCAAGAGCAGCCUCUCCAUGCCACACAGAAGACGGAAUGGACUUACUGUGUAUCCCGCAGCCAGAACUGCUAGAUUAGAAUUACAAAGAAGGAGAUGGGACUUCCUGAGUUCGCAAGCGAUGGAGAGCCAUGGAGCAGGCUACUUCCAGAGGUGGUCAAGUGGGCAUGACAAAAAGUUACCAAAGCUCCGCUGACCUGUUUUUCUCUCUUGCAGGGCCUGCCAAGGCGACUACCAUGGAAAGGCUGCUCCUGAUCCAGCUUCUGAUGGUGGGGAGCACCGUAGCUCAGGUGGAGUCCUGCCCCUUUCACUGCGUCUGCCAAAACCUCUCCGACUCGCUUAGCACCCUCUGUGCCAACAAGGGGCUCCUCUUUAUUCCAGUCAACAUCGACCGGCGGACGGUGGAGCUGCGCCUGGCUGACAAUUUCAUCCGGGUGGUGGAAGCCCCAGACUUUCUGAACAUGACGGGCCUCGUGGAUCUCACCCUCUCGCGGAACACCAUCGACACCCUCCGGCCCUUUGCGUUCGGGGACCUGGAGAGCCUCCGCUCGCUCCACCUGGACAGCAACCGGCUGACGGAGAUCAGGGAGGAGGCUCUCCGGGGAAUGCUGAACCUCCAGCAUCUCAUCCUGAGCAACAAUCAGCUGGUCAACAUCUCUGGGGCUGCUUUUGAUGACUUCCUCUCUACUUUGGAAGACCUGGAUCUGUCCUACAACAACCUGCGCCGCGUCCCUUGGGAGGGCAUCCAAGGCAUGCUUUGCCUGCACACCCUGAACCUGGAUCACAACCUGAUUGACUUCAUUAUGGAAGGAACUUUUGAUGAACUCUAUAAACUCUCCCGGCUGGACAUGACCUCCAAUCGUCUUUCCACACUGCCCCCCGACCCACUGUUUGCCCGCUCCCAGAUCGGGGCCAUCAGCCCAACCCCUUACAUGGCCACCAUAAUGCUCAGCUUCGGAGGAAAUCCUUUGCACUGCAACUGUGAGUUGCUGUGGCUGCGGCGUUUGGCGCGAGAGGAUGACAUGGAGACCUGUGCUUCUCCCCAACACGUGGCUGGCCGCUAUUUCUGGUCUGUGCCUGAGGAGGACUUCACCUGCGAGCCCCCUCUCAUCACCCGGCACACCCACAAGCUCUGGAUCUUGGAAGGCCAAAGGGCCACCCUGAGGUGCAGAGCCCUCGGAGACCCUGAGCCGGUCAUCCACUGGGUCUCCCCUGAUGACAAAAUCAUCGCCAACUCCUCCAGGACUGUAUCAUUCCGCAAUGGCACCCUCGACCUUUUGGUGACCACCAUCCGCGAUGACGGGGCCUACACCUGCAUUGCCAUCAAUGCUGCUGGGGAGUCAACGGCCACCGUGGACCUCAAAAUCAUCCCCUUGCCUCACCGAGGGAACGGCAGCAUCACGGUGCUGCAGCAGGAUCCAGGAUCCUCCGACAUUGCCACCUCGGCCAAGAACUCCGCCAACGCCACCCAGGAGGCUUCCGAAAAGAGAGUGGAGGUGCUGGGGGUGACUGCCACCUCAGCCCUGGUGCGCUGGCAGGCAGAUAAGUCGGCCUACGUGGCCUGGAUGUAUCAGAUCCAGUACAACUGCACUGCGGACGAUGCCCUUGUUUACAGGAUCAUCCCCGCCAGCAGCCAGGACUUCCUUCUUAAGCACCUUGUGCCCAGCAUGGAUUACGACCUGUGUGUCUUGGCCAUCUUUGACGACCUGGCCACCUCGCUGGCAGCCACCCACUUGCUGGGCUGUGCCCAGUUUACCACGCAGGAAGCCUACCCAGACUGCCAUUCGCUGCACGUCCACUUCCUGGGGGGCGCCCUGACAGUGACGGUGGGCGGCAUCAUCGUGGCUUCCUUGCUGGUCUUCACAGGAGUCAUGAUGGUGAAGUACAAAGUCUGUGGCAGCGUCCACGGGAGCCUGCCCAGGGUCAGCAAUGUGCACUCACAAACCAAUGGCGGACACCCAAACGGCCUCCUGCCCCAGCGGACAUCCCCUGCGGGGUGCCAGCACGGGCAGGCCAAGAGUGCAGAGCGCCGGAUGGGAGGCGCUAGGCGGGGCGCCCCGGUUUCGGCCAAAGCCAGGCGCAGCAACUCCCUGGACAUGGGAGGCGCCUCCUCCAGCGCCUGCUACAGCUAUGCCAAGCGCCUAAGCUUCAUGUGGGCCAAGCGCAGCCAGUCAGUCCACGGGAGGCUGGCGCAGGGCACGCCCCUUGAAGACAGCACCAGCACGCAACCCGGGCCCUUCCUUAACGUGGAUAAACUGGAGGAAAGCGUAGUGUAGCCCUCAUGGGGGAGGACUGGCGUCCUACCCCUGAAGCAUCUGGGACAGCAACUCCCAACGAGGGGGCCCCAUGG